GAAAGGAAUUUUCAUUCAUUCCAAAACCAAUCUUCUUCUAAUCUUCAAAGUUCAUAAUUAUAAGAAAAAUCCAUUUUCUUCACUGCAAUAAAAAUGUCAGGUCGCGGAAAAGGAGGUAAGGGAUUGGGAAAGGGAGGUGCAAAGAGACACAGGAAGGUUCUUCGUGAUAACAUCCAGGGCAUAACAAAACCUGCAAUUCGUCGUUUAGCCAGAAGAGGUGGUGUCAAGAGAAUCAGUGGUUUGAUCUAUGAAGAAACUCGUGGUGUUCUCAAGAUCUUUCUCGAGAACGUGAUUCGUGAUGCUGUUACCUACACUGAGCACGCUAGGAGGAAAACCGUUACUGCCAUGGAUGUCGUUUAUGCUUUAAAGAGGCAGGGAAGGACUCUUUACGGUUUCGGUGGUUGAUUUUAGGGUUCAAUUUAGGGUUUCUGAUUGAACUAGCUUGAUUUAGUUGUAGAUGUUGUUUAAUUUCGGUGUAUUUCUAUUGUGUUCUUGUUUGGAUUCUUUUGAAUCAUUGAUUAGAUUAGUCUUUAGAUCUGAUUGAAUUGAAAUGAAUCGAUUAGUUCUGUGUUUCUAGUAUUUGGAAUUGGAUCUUAUUGAUGAAUGAAUAUUGAAUACUCUUUUGCUGCAA